GCUUCUGUCUCUGUGCUUCUGUCCCUGUGCUUCUGUCUCUGUGCAGCUGCUGCUGAGGCUUUCCCAGGGGAGAGGGUUCCUUACGUGCAGCAGGAAGGUUUGUAUGUAGCGCUGCAGCUCACCCCGGACAGAGGCACGGACAGAGUCAUGGGAGGGAGCAGGGAAGAAGGAGGAGUGAGCUGAGAACACAGACUUGCUAGGACAGUGACAAAGUUGCACAUACAGAUAAGCAGCAACAUAUGGCUGUCGCUCACUGACUGACUGCCUGCAAGCCUUCCCUCUGUCUUGCAACUGCCCAGCACACAGGAUGGCGAACAACAACCUGGAAUUAUGUCAGAGCAACGCAGAGGAGGUGAAAGUCUUGAUGAAAAACAAUGUUGACAAGGUCAUUGAGAGAGAAGGGAAGAUAUCUGACCUAGAGGAUCGAUCCAAUGAUUUGCUUAGCAUGGCCAGCACCUUUCAGAGAACUGCCCAGAAAGUAGAACGACAUACCCGCUGGCAGAAGUGGCGCUGGUACAUCAUCGCUGGAGGGAUUGUGGCCGUGAUUGUGGUGAUCAUCAUCAUCAUCAUUGUGUUGUACACAGUGCCAGGACAAUCGGACCCUUAAUUAGGCAAUGGAGUAAAUUCGACUAAAGGAGGGAUGUGUGCCACUUAGAGUGCACCCUCGGGUCUUGAAGGGUGACAGACUUUACUGCAAAGCUUCCCCUGUAGAUCAUUGCUCCUUGCAGAUUGUCUACCUAUACUUAACUGCGGGGUUGUGCCCCAUUGUUCUUUAUUUGCAAAGAGGUGUGUAGGAUUACAGUCAUUUUUAUUUUGCUACAAAAAGACUUAUAGGACAUUGAUCCUUUAUGCCUGCUGUUUCCACUGAAAGAAAAUCUGCAUCUUUCUCUUUUGCCUACCUACCUGUAGGGCAGAUGUGUUGCGUUACCGUCCUUUCUACUUAGCUACAUAGAGACGCGCAGAGCAUUGCUUCUUUGUAACCCAAGAGUGGCACAAAGACCCUGUCUAUGCUAAGCUGGAAAUGAUCCUUCCUUCAGAAAAAAAGCAAAAGAAAAUAAAGAAAAACAAAACGACACCCGCCCAGUUCAUUGGAGAGAGGAAGGAAUUAAAUGGGCUGGGUGUUAAGGAAACAGCAGAGAGUAACAAACAUUGGUGGACUGGCAGGUAUAAAUAGGGAAACUGAAGGUGAUGGGAGAGGAGGAAAGAAUAAAUGGAAACAUAAUGUAUUAUUUAGACACACCAAGGGACUAAAAUGACAGCAGAGCAAGGCAGGACCCAUGGGAACUCAAGUGUCAUAACAAAAUAUUAAAGUGGUAGAUUUAUGUAAAUACAAGAAGCUGAGAAGAGGCAGUUGCAGUUAUCACACAUCCUGUUUUUGUUCGUUUCCUGCCUCUGGUCACAUAGUUUAACGUCUUUCACCUUUUGCUAUAUCCCCUGGUGAGGGGUGCUCAGCAAUUCCUCAUUUAAAUCCAAAAAAGAAAAUGUAUUUGGAACACCAGUUAUUUGUGCUCAGUACAAGUAAAAUCUUUGCUUUGAAGCUGAAA